AUGGCGGACUCGUUCCAGAAAAGUAUUGAGUAUGCUAAGAAAAGUCUGAAAAUAGCCUUUGAAUUCAGUGAUAAACAACUUGAGGCAAUGGAAAGCCUCUAUAAUCUAAGAGAUACAUUGGCUGUUUUGCCAACAGGGUCAGGAAAAAGCGUGAUUUUUCAGGUGCUCCCUUGGCUGCUUCAAAAACCACUGAAAGCGGAUAAGCCGCUUGUGGUGAUAAUUAUAUCACCACUGAAUUCACUUAUGCAGGACCAGGUUACAUCACUUUGUGAGAAGGGGAUUCCUGCAUGUUUCCUGAAUACCAGUGCAACAAAAGUAACUUCAUUUGAACAAGGAGCUGAUAAUGUGUAA